CCACACCUCAUGACGGUCUGAUGAAAACAGGGGGAUUUUCAGUUUAGUAGGCCUAUAAAGGCAGUGCUCGAUCGGUGUUGAGAUACCUGAAACUGUGUAUUUACUAACAGCCUCCUGAAAAUAAACUAGGAACAGAAAAAGCCAUGGAUUCCACAAUUGCAAAGGCUACUCAAAACCUAAGUUCUGCUGAGGACAUGAGGAACCAAACCAAACUUAUAAUGCAACCCUAUGCCAACUGGGAAGAGUAUUUAACUCCAGCACCGCUAUCCAUAGCAAUUUUGGGAGAGCUGGUAUUCAUCUCUUCUGCAACAGAUUUCUCUAUCAAUAAAAAUCCCCCCAAAGAUGGUUACAAACACAUCAAAUACCCAGAAUCCUUUCGAGCUUGCCUUAUGCAAGUGUGUAACUCUGGAUGGUGGGCAUUUAAUGAAGCUCAUACAAGCAUGGACCAAAUUCGUCUCCAUACUGCCCAAGUUCCAGAUUACAUGAAGGCAACUGUGAAGCUUCUUUUCCAAGGUAAUGACAAUGUCAUACAAGCACUUCUUCCUGAUCAGCUGGACAAUAUCCGAAACAUUGCUGAUGAAUGUCUGGAAUUGUCUACCAGAACUAAAGAGCGUUUCAUGCAUGUCAUCGAAAUUAUCCAAGAGCUACUAGAAGCAUGUGUAAACGCAGAGCACUUUUAUGGGGAGGAGAUGGAAGCAAUCAAGAAAAAAAUAGAGGAGAGCAAACUGAGAAAGCAGUCAGCACAAGAAACCGAGGAGAGGACUAAAAAGGCAGUGAAAACCUUGACGAAAGAACUGGAGCUUGCUCAUGAGAGUUACCAGAAAGCUAUGGAUUCUCUUCCUACAGGAUGGAAUAUGAUGGCUAUGGAUAUAGUUGGUGGGUUAACACAGAGUGUAACGGGACUUAUUAAUGGAGUGACAUCUGUUAUAACCCACCCAGUGAGAAAUGCAUGUGGUGCAGUAACAAAGAUUGCUGAAACUGUAAACCACUUUAGAAGUGAGGAACCUGUAGGAGAUGUGGUUGAUGAAAUAAACUCAUAUAGUAAGUCUUCUGAAAUUCAAAAUUGUGCACAGACUAUCAAAGAACUCAUGAAUGUGAAAAAGAAGGAUGAUGAUAUUGACUGGAAAAAACUUUAUGAUCAGAAGGAAAAAACUACAAAGUCUGAUUUCAUUGCAAAUCAGUUUGAAAGAAUUAAUGGCGAUUUGGGGAAAAUUAAUGACUGCAGAGCAAAGUCAGAUGCCCAGAUGUUAUGUCUGAAGGGCCUUAACAUAUGCAAUCAACUAGCAAAAUAUGCACCAGAAGGCAAUUGUGACAAAGACAUAAACAAGAAGAUAGUAGAGGAGGUCUUGGAAUUGAUUCAAUCUGCCCGUGUUUUUGAUAGCAAAAGCAAAGACACCACAAAAUCUUUAGCCAUCUCUUCAAAACCUCCAAUGAUAUUUAAAACUGAAAACAGACCAGAGUUCACAAGUCCUUCACAGAGAGCAACAGAGAAUGCAAGAUUCACCAUAGAGCAGAGCCGAGCUCAGCUGGACAAGACAAGGGAGACCUAUGAUAAGUGUGUGGAGAACCUAGAAAAGAACCAAAAGGAGCUAACUGAAAUUCUGGUCACUAUGAGAAAUUGUGAACUGAAGGAGAUUGACUUCAAAACUACCACAGAGAUGCUGGUCAAAGGUAUGGAUGCCAUGGGCAGAGUGAAGGAACAAUGGGAGAAGAUGGUUCACUUUUUUCAGAUGGUUUCCAAUAUAGUGAAAACUAGCCUAAGCAAAACUUUAACAAACUUCGUCUCAACGUCUGAGAAAACCCAAGCCCUCUCCUACAAUGAUAAGCUCUUCUCAAAAGAUUUGCUCUACACUCAAGCCUUCCAAGCCUGUAACAUUGCCAGUCUGGUCAAUAUGAUCUCUGGAACAUACACAGAUGUGUCCAAUAAGUAUCUGAUGGACCGCGUGAGUUUACUGGGAAAAUUAAUGGCCAUGGAUAAAAAUAAGCCCGAAUUUGAGCUGGAACGACAGAAGUUACAGGUGUGCUGUGAUGAUGCACAAAAAUGCAUCAUAAGUCUUGUUUUAAAGAAUAAGGAGGAGUUUGAAAGGAAGAGCAUUGCAAGACAAAAACAGAUUGAUGACGAGUUGCUGGCCAUUCUUCCCGCUGCUCCUCCAGAGGAAACCAAGAGAAUUCAAGAGGCUGUUCAGGCUGGAUUCACUGAAGAAGAAGAAGAAGAAGAAGCAUCAUACUACUGAUGGCAUAUGCUGAAGUAAUACAUGAGUAUAAGUAAUCGUUCUUUGCCUCAGACCAUAUAUUGUAGUUUAAACUUAGGCUUUGCCUACCAGCAGCAUACUGUAUUGAUCAUGGCUGGUACGAUUAUCACGCUAUUAGUCAAAAUUAGCUUUAAAAGAACUGCAGGACAAUAUUCUAUUAUUAAAUAACAAAUCAGAUUCAUUCAGUCAAAAAAAAUGAAGGAAUUCAAAGACAUUAACAGGUAAUAAAUAAUGCACAGUCCAUCCAAAUCAUACAAUGAGGAUUUUAGAGACAUUUCAAACAGGAUAAAGAAUUGGGAAAUGUCUGAGGACGUAAACAAUGUGGGACAGAGUAGUUCUGUCAAAUACCAAACACAUAUAUUGAUUAAAAGCAAAAUAAUAUUUUAUAAUGUCAUGUGUAGUCUAUUUUGUUUAUAUAGUGGCAUUUAUCACACAUAUUCAAUGAAAAUUUUUCAAAUAUCAUACCAUAUGCAUGCUUGUUUAUUUUUGACUCUGUUGUCACUUAUUGAAAAAGAUAAAGCUGGAGCUUUGUAGCUCUUAUGUUUGGUUGUAAAUCUUAAUUUUUCUGUAAGACCUGUUAAAAACAAUAAAUGAUGCAAAAUGUUGUAAGAGAU